ACAUUCCGCAGACCUUGGCACUCAGCGUUGUUUUAUCCAUAUAGUUUUUGUUGAUUAAUUCGCAAGUGCAGUUUCCACCCAACCCAGAGGAAAAGCUCCACAAAAGUUUGGGUUGCGUGGGUGUCGGCCCUUUACUCUUUGCCACCUUCGCCGAGGUCCCCAAGUCAAUUGCAUGACGAAACAGCCGCGGAACAGUUGCGUCGCUCUUUGAUUAGCUGAAAGCGGGAAAAAUCCAUAAAUUGAUUGGGGAAAAACGGAAGAACUCCAAUAAAAUGUUGCUGCCGACGGUCAGCGGCUCGUCCGCCGGAGGAUGCAAGUGGCGAAACUGCUGUCGUCGCGGCUGGGACAUGCUGAUGGCUCCCGUAUCCCCCAAGAACCUGAGGACCACGGCCCUGCUUACGAGUAUCUAUCAAUUGUUGAUCUCGCACUGCGCCCUAUUUUUGGUACUUCUCGGACUGGCACAUGCCGAACAGAUGUGCCAGGUCCUGGAGCUGGACAUCCUGGACCAGAAGGACAAUGGCUUCUACAACAUGUCGCCGUUCCACAACGAUCUUCGACUACAAACCGCUGCCCAAUUGGCGGCUGCCACGGAGAAUCUGCUUUAUAUAAUGGCUGGAGUGGCUGGAACCUACGCCCUGAGUGCCAUAUCCCUGUUCUUUGGGGUCUACAAGAAUAAGCCGGGGUUAAUUAUGCCCUGGCUGGUCGUAGAGUUCCUAUUGAUGGUGGGCCUCGGAGCUCUGGUUUUCAUGCUAAGAGAUACGAAAAUUGUACAACUGCUGGGUGGACAAGUGCCCUAUUUUAUCAUCUGCUAUGCCUUGAUCUGCAUGGAUUACUGCAAGUGGUAUGUGAUGCACAGCUUCUACCAGAGUUUGCGAACCAUGAACAAACUGCGCGAGAUUGCCACUGUGGCCAUACCUUGUCCAGCUCCCGGAGCAAUACCCUAUCGAUUCCAGCGUGAGCACAUGUAUUUGGGCAGCAAUGGCUAUAAGCAUAUCCUAACAGAGUCUCCCGAUGGACAGUGUUAAGUAAAUGCAGAGGAUUGGAUUUUUUGGAACUUCCCGUUCAGGUGUCUUGCUUGCAAUUUUACAACAGUUUCUGUAUUGCAAACCCGAGUGUGAUAUGGUUAUAGAAGAGAUACUAUUUUAGAUAGCCAACGGACAAGGAUCGAGGGGCAUAUUAACACAUAUAACAAACCGCAAAUAAUACGUCUAUAUCCCAAAAAGGAGAGACAGUAUCGGUUAAACGUAGCCGGUACUAUUGUUUGCCGGAAAAUACAUAAACUAUUUUUGUGUAGAACUAAAUCUAAAAGCCGCGUAAAUCGCGUGAUCCACUUGAGCACUUAAAAACAAGAUUGGCAAUGAAGAAAAGGAAUUUUAGAUAUAUAAAGAAAAUCGUUGGCAGGAUUCGAACUCGAGACUUCCGAACAGCGGGCGCGGACUCUAACCUCUGGGCUACAGAAGCAAAACCAAGGAGGAGGCUUAAGUUUGAUCCACAUCCAGGCUCUGGUUAUAAUUGGCGUUAAAAUUAAAUAGCAACGAAAAUUUAACUUUAUUAAUUUUAAACCUAAGAAAAAUGAACUAUAUAUGCCUUAAUUUCAGUAAACUGGCAAUGUACUAAGAUUUCUUGUUUUGUAGCAUAAAAAAACGUAAAAGAAAUAUCAAAUAAAAGUGCGAAGUUGUAA